AUGUGUAUGCGAAACGUUUUCACUCAGGAUGUUAACGUCCCCACGCCGUACGACAACGGUUACGAUACAGUGGACGAAUUUGGAACCAGGCUUACCCGCCAGGAGAGUGGAGACGGAGCAGGCAGAGUGCAAGGUUCCUAUGGUUACGCCGACGCUCAGGGUAUAUGGCGUGAUGUAAAGUACGUCGCCGAUGAGGGCGGUUUCCGCGCCAGUGUUUCCACCAACGAACCUGGUACUGCCAACCAGAACCCCGCUGACGUCGAAGUUUCAGCUCAGGAGCCUCCUGCUGGAGUUCAGCCUGUCGUUGUACCUGCUCCUAAGGCCAUUGUUCCUGCUGUAAGAAAUGUCGCUGCUGUUCCUGUCGUCAAAAAGGUUGCCGCUCCUGCUUACUAUGGAGGUUAUUAUGGAGCUGGUGUCGGGGCUCCCUACUACGGAGCUCGGGUUGGAGCCGCCUUGUACGGAGCUGGUGUCGGAGCUCCCUACUACGGAGCUGGUGUCGGGGCUCCCUACUACGGAGCUCGGGUUGGAGCCUCCUUGUACGGAGCUCGUGUCGGAGCUCCCUACUACGGAGGUCGCGUUGUCGGAGCUCCUUACUACGGAGGUCGCGUUGUCGGAGCUCCCUACUACUCUUCUGGAUCUAUCUGGCCAGCUGCUGGUAGAUACGGACUACCCGCUCACCGUAUCGUAAAAGUGCUUCAUUAAGUAAUCAGUAAAGAAAUCACCGAGGAAAUAUUCAAUCAGCCAAACCUGUAUACGAAAUCAACUCAUCUUUACUGCAUGAUUAAUACCUUUAUUUGGUGCUUAUUACCACCAUUGCAUGGGUUCUGCUAAUUAAAGCUUUAUGUGUUGUUGUUUAUGAGCUACUUUAGAUGCUUGGUUAAGACUCUGCUGUAUUAUUCCUAUU